CUGUAGUAAAAAUAACGAACUCGAUGAAUCUGGAGCUUAUGCAGGCCUCCUUGUACAGUUCUUCCAACCAAUGAUACUUGAAAUAAACUUAUUUUAAACGCAUAUGAGAGUUUACGUAAUUCGUCCAUAAACAAACACAUGUUUCAUUUAAUGCAAACAGAUAUCGUAAUUUCCUCAUGUACAUUUAGCGUGCUCGCUUCAUCGAUACCACGGUACAAUUUCCAAUUCAAAACGGGCGCGAUCGAGUGGAAAUUUUCGGAAUUUUCCGGCCCAGUACUGACCUGGCGCACGAGGAAAUCAAUAAAUCGCGAACCGCCGCUUUCCACGAUGGAUUUCCCCCGACUCUAAUCCUGUUACAUUGCUCGAUAUAUCUGUAUCAAAAACGCAAUCAAUGAGUCAAAUUCUUAUCGCAACGCCGAGCCGAUUCGAACUAACAGAAGAGAGCUGAAUGAGUACAUAACAUACGAGUUACGAGUUUCUGUGCAAGGUUAAACAAGUUUCGGCGAAGGUAAAGGUUAGACAACGCGUUGUUUAUUGUUAUUAAGUAAGUACAAACUGUGGAAUUAAUUAUAAAACAAUAACGAACAAUACAAUCGGCUCGCUAGUUAAUUUACUAUAAGUAUUCCAAGAUUGUUGUUGAGUUGUAUAAUGUUUCUAGAUGGAUUUACUUAGAGCUCUGAUAGUGGUGUCCGAAAAGGCGGCGAACAUAGCGAGAGCCUGCAGAGAAGACGAGCACUUAUUCCAAUUACUCGUGCAGAAGAAAAACUCCAACGAGGCCAAUCCGAGGUUCGUAGAAGACUUCAAGACACUAGCCGAUGUUCUCAUACAAGAAAUGGUUAAACACGACAUCGGACACCAGUUCAAAGAACUGUCUUCCAGCAUUAGAGGCGAGGAAAACAACGUGUUCAAGAAUAAGCUGGGGGAUAAGAUACGCGUUGAAGUGAAACCCACCGAAGAGGAUACCUCCAAUUUAUUGGAGAUGGUCCUCAACGGGGACCAACAAGCCGCCUCCCGCUUGGCCUCAGAAGUGCAUAGGAACUUGGAAAUCGAUAGCAUCAAAACCGAUGUUCCCCAGAAGAAUUUCGAUAUAGAUUUAUCGAAAUUGGGCGUUUGGAUCGAUCCAAUAGAUUGCACUGCGGAAUACGUUCAUGGAUCACCGGGCAGACGAAAACAGAACAUCCAUGUAAACGGUUUGAAAUGCGUGACUGUUCUAAUAGGAGCUUAUAAUAAAAUUACGGGUUUGCCCGUUAUGGGCGUCAUCAACAGGCCAUUCCUCGACGAAGACGAUUACCAGUUGUCGCAGCGGUGCAUUUGGGGCGUAGCUUUGCCGAAUUUCCGGGACUCUAGCGGGUUAAAUAAAUCUAUUAAAAGGCAAGUUGUGAGCAUUAGUUCCAGCGAAAACGAGGAAAUCAAGGAAAAAUUGAGGCACAACAAUGUUGAGCUGGUGGAAGCCUCGGGAGCCGGGUACAAGAUUCUUACAGUCAUUUUAGGUUUAGCAGACGCUUACGUGCUAUCGAAAGGCACCACCUUCAAAUGGGACACGUGCGCCCCCCAUGCGGUAUUAAAGGCUUUGGGCGGCGACAUCCUGGACUAUAAAAAAACCGUGGAAAAUCACGGAAUGGAAAGUAUUACCUACAGCGAGGAGGAAUGCGCCUGCAAUGCGACCGGAAUAAUCGCUUACAGAGACGAGGAUUUUUUAAAAGAAAUCGUUGAUAUUUUAAAAUCGUGAGAAUCGAUUGUUUAUUGUUCGUGGAAAUGUUAAAAAUCGUUACGGCAAUAAAGCGUUUUAUUAUAAA